AUGUAUGGAGCUGUUUUACUUUCAAUUGGUAAAAAACAUUUCUCUGUAUUUGUAUGUGUUCUAGCCCAACUAGACGAUACAUGUACACCAUCUAAUACACAAUGUCCAACUAAUGCCGUAUGUAAAGAUGGUAAAUGUGUAUGUGACACACCAUUCUAUACACCAUGUAAUUCCGAAUGUAAAUUACGUCCUCGAUUUCGUUAUGUUGACGAAGAAUGUCGAACUACAGAGAAUUGUUUACCCUUUAGUCGAUGUGAUAACAAUAGAUGUGCUUGUGAGAAUGGUUUUUCAAAUCAUAAUGGCUUAUGUCGAAAAAAUCUCGCUAUAACAUGUAGCAAUCAUAGCGAAUGUUUAUCCGGUUAUUGUUCAACAACCUGUCAAUGUGGACCCGGUUAUGUAUCUGAUCGAAAUCGAUGCAAAUUACGACUUGUUAAUAUUUAUUCAAAAUUGGAAGAUGCACAAAAAGACAAUGGUCUCUGUAAAAUACAUAAACAGUGUCAGCCUAUAAAUUCACAUUGUCCAAAUGAUACAAGUGGAACGGAUCUAUUUUGUAAAUGUCAAAAUGGUUAUAGACCAGAUUAUAUUAAUCAAAAAUGUAGUCUAACUGUAUCUGAACAGUUAUCACCACUGAAUGAAAGUGAGAUACCCAAUCCUGAAUGUAUUUCAUGUAAAGAUACCAAUGCUGUUUGUACACGUGUUGGUAAUGUUUCAUCGUGUUGGUGUCGUGCUGGUUAUCAAAAACGAUUUGAUCAAACUAAAACGAAUUUAUGUGAAUCAAUUCGACAUGGAACAAUAUAUUCAGCAUUUUAUGUUGUAUUUCCAAAUCUAGCCGAUAUUCGUCAACAUGAUUUUACCGAUAAUAAAACAUUCAGAAAAGACGGUUUACAGUAUAAAAAUGAUAACAUAGAAUAUGGUUUAUGUACAAGAAUGGAUUCUACAAAUAAGGCAUUUGUCGAUCCUACUCUUUGUGUAACACCAUUGGAAUGUCAACUACGAUCCUCAGCAUCAAAAUAUAUUUGUACAUGUGGUCUAAAUCGAUUUCUACAAGAUUCAUUAUUCGAUAGAAAAUGUGUUUACUAUCUAAAUCGACCGAUCAAUUCAACAGCAGUAACAAACAAUUCGGACUGCCCGACAAAUGCAAUAUACAAUAAAGGGACGAAACAAUGUGAAUGUUUACCGGGCUUCAAAACGGAUAAUUUAACUGAAUGUAAACUGGAAUUAAAAUAUGAUGAUACAUCAAAAGAAUGUGAUAUAAAUGAUUUAGCUGCAACAGCAAUAUGUACUGAAAAAUUUGGAUUAUUUAGUAAAAUAUGUAAACUUGGUGAAUGUCGUUGUAUUGAAAAUGUAUCAUAUUAUACAUCAUCACAAUGUGAAAUUCAAUUGUCAAAAAGUGAAACAAUCACCGAUUGUGAUACGAAUUUGAUUAAUGAUGCAGUUGCAAAUGCGUCAUGCGUUCGUAGAUACGGUAUACUUAGUAGAAGUUGUAAACCUGGUGAAUGUCGUUGCAAAGAAGGAAUUUCAUUUUAUCAUCGGGGAAUCGGUACAGAUGUUUGUGCUGUGUUUUUAAAUACAACACAAUCAAGUCGUCUAAACAGUGUGAUUCAUUGUGUGGAAAAUAGUCAACUAGGACCACAAAGAACGGAGUGUAAUUGUAAAGUUGGAUAUCAACCAACAAAUGAUAAAAAAACAUGUGUACCAAAAUCACUACAAUUAUUUGAAUUUGGAGUAACCCCUUCCCCAUUACCAAAUACCGUUUUAACGAACGAGGAAUGUAUCGGUAUUUAUUCGGAAUUAGUUGAAGUUAAGAGUAUAAAUUCUAAUAACUGGUGUCAAUGUAAACAAUAUACAUUUAAAGUUAACGAUAUUGAAUGUGUUUGGGAACUUGAUAAAGAAUUAACAUAUAUAUCGCAUAUUUGUGUAAAAAAUGCUGUAUAUGAUGGUAAAAAAUGUAUUUGUAACCCCGGUUAUCGUUCGAAUCAAAAUAGACGUUCCUGUGACAGAAUUGAUGAAAAUAAACUUCAACUUGAUGGUGCUGAUAAUCCAACAGGAAAAAAUUUAUGUACAACUUAUACAGAUACAGAUUGUAGAAUAUUAUACAAUUCUCCAGCUUAUUGUGACACAAUUAAUAAGACAGAAAUUUGUUUAUGUGAUCGUAAAAUAAGUUUUGUAUAUGAAAAUAAAUGUGAACGAUUUGCGCACUAUGUUUAUCCAGCUUUACGUGAACUACCAAAGUAUACAUGUGAUGCAGAUGACGAUUGUAACAGAACACUAAACACUGUCUGCAGCUUUUAUUUGGAAACUAAUUAUAAAGUUUGUCAAUGUCAAAAAGAUUAUUUGUAUAAUCCAGCAAACAAAACAUGUGAGAACAAUCGUUGUAAAGGUAAUCGUGCAGCAAACACAAAUUAUAUUUGUAAUGGUUACGAUUGGGUAUGUAAAAACGGUUAUUAUCCAUCAAAAGAUAAAACAUAUUGUGAACCAAGACCCACAUUUACUGAUACAUAUCAAUAUUGUAAUUCAUCGUAUAUAUUGGCAACGAGUGCAAAUGGUAUUCAAUGUAAUAAUACUUGUGAACGAACAGUUUGUAUGUCUGGUUACAAAAAUGAACAUAAUAAAUGUGUUCGUAAUAAUUUCAACGAUAAAUGUGAACAUGAUCAAACCCUUUGUAGCACAUUAGUGGAAGGUUCAACAUGUGUUGAUAAUGUCUGUGGAUGUUAUGAACCUGGUACAUAUAAAAAUGAUGUAAAAUGUGCCAAAGCUGUUGGUUUUAUAUGCGAUUCUGAUACCGAGUGUGAUGAUAAUUCAUUAUGUUUACAACAUAUUUGUCGUUGCAAAGAUCGAUCUAAAUUAGUGUCACUAACAGAUAGUGACGGAAGAAGAAUUGAACGUUGUAUUAAUGGUGGACGAACGGUACAUUUGGCAAUCGGAUUAUUAUUGUUGAUGCCACUUCUGUGGUUUAUUCGUUCAUAA